AUGCAUCCCGGGGCUCUUCCCUUCGUGCCAGGAGGCGCCGCGCAGCCUGCUGCGGGGAUGGCAGGCAUCGGCGCUCCGGGAGUUGGAAACUUUCCACGGCCUGCAAUGCCCGGAGCUCCGCCUCUCAUGCACCUUUUCGGCGUGCCUCACCUCCCACCCCCAGGCUCCACCCCCGCGGCGUUUCGUCCAGGCCACCCUGGCCUUCUUCCCAACCCCUCGAUUCUGGUCUCUCCCUCUGGCGCCUCCGCUGCGUUUUUCCCUUCCGCGCUCGGCUCGAACUCGCGCGCGUCGGGGGGACUGGCGGGCGCCGCGCAACAGGACAGAGUCUCCACGAAGGCCUCGGACAAGACCGAGGAGGCUAGCAAAGCUGUGACCGUGUACAUCGGAAACAUCAACCGCCACGUGGACAACGACUUUAUGCGGCUACUUCUCGCGGAGUGCGGCCGAGUGAUCAGGUGGAACCGGCAGGCCGAUCCCACGACGGGACAGCUUGCCGCCUUUGGAUUCUGCGAUUUCCAAGACGCAGUCGGAGCAUUGAAUGCACUCGAAGUCCUCCCUGACCUAGUCAUUGGCGGAAAGGCUCUCAAGGUGAACUGCAACGAAAAAGUUCGGGCUGAGGUGAAUCGUGUGCGAGAAGAUCGCGUUCUCUCCACCUUGCACACGUUUCGCGAAAAGACGCGAGAAGAAGUGGAGAAGGAGAUCGACGAGGAAACGGCGCGUCUGCGCACCGCUGUGUUGGAAGUGGUGAAACGAAAAGAGGCGCAAAUUCCGCCUGACGAUGGAGAACACGAAGGGAAGGCGAAGGAGAAGACUCGCCAGGAGGAGAGACAGGCGAGCAAUGCCAGGGGAGACAAGCAUCAAGAGGACAAAGAAGGCAGUGGAAAAGGCGCCUCGUCCAGCGACGGUGCGCGCGCUGACGCCCGCGCAGCUUCGCGUCGCUCUUCGUCCGCGAGAGAGUCGUCUUCGGUGACGGAAGCACCAGCUCCGCUGCCUGCGAACGCGCCCCCAGGUCCGCCGUCGAAAGACGAAGCACAGUCUGCAGCGAGCGUCGUGGCGGCUGCGGGCGGCCUCGGCACCUUUGCGGGUUUGAGCGCACUCAAGGCGAUGGAUCCAGAACUCGCAGAGGCUGCAUCCUCCUGCUCCGUUUACCGCGUUGGACCUGACGGCGUAGACAGAAGAAGAUACAUCACGGAAGACUACCGGCCAUGUCGCCGCGAACUUGAGAGACUUCACCACUUGGAGCGGCGCGACUCCGAAUUUGAAAAAGAGUUCCGGCGCCGCGAGUUGGAGUGGAUCACUCGCGAAGAGGACUUCAAACAGAACAAGGAAAAGGAAAUUGCGCUGGAACAGGAGAUCCGCGACAACGAGCGCCAGCAACUGAUCAACGAAGACCUCCGUGGUGUUUGGUGGGCCGGAUUGCAAGACCCGAAGCGCCGCCAAGAGCGGAAGCGCAGGCGAAGACGCGAAACAGAAGACGACGCGGAGGACCGUGAAGAAGAAGAAAAAGAGCUGCGCGAAGAAGAACGACGAAGGCGAGAGGAACGGAAACGAAACUGUUCUCGGCAAGAAGGCGAGGGCGACGCCCGGCCGACCAGUCUGCACUACGGCGAGAGAGAAACGCGGGAGAAAGAGCUACGCGGGCGAGAAACCGAUCCCCGCGGCGCAGCCGCGUCUUCGCCCUCGCUUCGCCACCACGAUCGAAAAAAGAAAGCGUACUCGCCCUCGUCUUCCGGCGAAAAGGCGCCGAGUUGCGAGGGUACAGGCGAGAGCAAACGCGAGGGACGGAAAGAAGAGAAAGGCCGACACGAGAAGGAUUCGCGCCGCAUCAAAACGGAGCUAAGGACGAGUGCGGCGCAAGUCGCUUCGUCUCAGGAACUUCUCGCGUUUUUCGGCGACGACGAAGACACUUUCGACGGCCAGAGACGCCACAAACCCCUCACGAAACUCGACGAGCACCGCGACGUCACUAACAAAAUGCAAAAGGCGAAGGAGACGCUGAAAGUUAUCGAACACUCAAAGAAGCUUCUCGCAUCCAUCCCCACGGAGAAGGAGAAACUGUUUGUCUACGACAUCGAUUGGUCUCUUCUCAUUUCGAAGAACAUUUUGGAUGUCAAGCUCCGACCCUGGGUAAGGAAGAAAGUGUGUGAAUUUAUGGGCGCCGAAGAAAGCCUCGUGCUCGAGGUGAUUGACUACAUCGUGAAGCGCGUCUCCGAUCGCCCGCAGGCCGAGGAACUGCUCAGUGAACUUGCAAAGUUUCUCGACGAAGAAGCGGAAGGAUUUGUGAAGAACAUGUGGCGACUCCUCAUAUACGAGCAGCUCAAGUUGAAGGAAAGCGCCGAGUAG